CUCCUUUCCUUUUACUUUACUCACCCUUCCUUUCCUUCCUUUUCUCGUCUGUCUGUUGUUGCUACCAUGCGUCUGUUCAAGCUAUGCAUUGGAUGCUAUGGCCAAGACGACCAUGACUUUGCAAUGUACUUUUUCGAUUCGCCUAUCACACCUCCCGUGGUGGGGGGCAACUCCAAAGAAGACAAUUUUUGGAAAAUGGAAGAUCUGCAAGCCAUUUUUCAUUCCAAACCCAUUACCAUCCAUCACAUCGCACCAACCUAUCGCUUUUCAUACGACUAUAUCCGUCGAGAUGCCCAUGGACAUCACUACAUAGCAUCUUGUGCGUUACUGGACCUGGCAAGCUACAUGCAAAUUGACUUGCUUGGUCAACUUUGCCGCCUCAGUCGUCAAGACAUUCAAAACGGAAAAGCCGAGAUGUUAUGCAAAUCGUUGGAUGUACGGGUUUCGCGUACGCAUAUGAUGAUUGAAAAUGAAUUUAUCCCAUCCGACCUUACUCCCCCGUCACCCAUGACGCCAAGCCAGACCAAUCAUCACAACUUUCACGGCACUAAUAAACGGAAAGCGCCCGCCGUGGAAAGUACCACCUCAAGUUCAUCCGGGAAACAAUCUUUACUAGCCAAACGCUUGGCGGGAAAACACCGAGCUUUGACGAUUUAUGCUGCUCCAUAUGCUGACCAAACCAGCGCAGUGCGCACAGCUCCUGCAAAGCAGUACAGCGACCAGCUACUAUUAGCUCCGCCCAUCGUACAAUCCCAGCAAAAGCAAUUAUACCCUUAUCAACCUCCACAGCGCCAUAGUCAACCACACUUGCGACCUUUUGAGGACUUAUUUGAUACCAUUGAAGCCACUCGUUCUCUUAAGGAAACUUUGGAUGAUCAAGUUAGACGAUCGGCACACGUUAUUAACGAAUUUAAUGCAAAGUCUGUCAAGCAAAUAGUGGAGGCUGAGAUGAAGGCUUUCCAGCAGCAAAUUGAUGCAAAGUUGGAGUGUUUGUUGACCGAAUGCUCCAAUCGUUUAUCAAAGUUGGAAUCUACACCAUCCUCAAGUCCAAGCCUUAGUGAUCUACUUAGCCGAAUUGAGAAAUUGGAAAAUCGUGCAGAUCCCCACUGUUAAUUACCGUUUAAUUUUUUUGAUGUAUCAAAAAUUUAAAGGGAGAAAAAAAAAUUUCACUCACCUUGUAGCCCUACCCAUUUGCAAUAACUACCUUUAAUAAACCCCAUAAUACUGAAGAUUGCAGUUUCCGUAUACCAUCCUACAUUAA